UGCGUAGGUAGACCAGGGUGCAUGCGAGGGCCUGAAGCUGGGGACCUCCACUAGGCACAAGUCUGUGCUCCACUUGAACGACUGACUGCGGACGCUGAAGAGGGCGAGAUAAAUAUACUGCCAUCCCCGAGUGCUGGAGAGCCUCUUCAUCCCACUGCUAGCCAGAUAUCCCACUCUAUAUCCAUCCCUUCCCUUCCUUCGUGGCUGCUUCCAAACAGUCACUGACCCAGCUUCACACUUCCUCUUGCAACAUGCAUAGACACGCGGGCUACCAGCAGUAUGCCACUGCGGCACCCACCACCACCAGAUACUCGGGCACUUCGUCAGCCUUCUCAGCAUCUGCCAACCCCAAUGAAGACUGGACCAAGAUCUCAGACCUCGCAGAGCGCCGACGGAUACAAAACCGCAUUGCUCAGCGCAACUACCGCAAGAAGCUCAAGAAGAGGCUCGAAGACUUGCGUCGUGCUGCCUCCAGCUCAGCUUCACCUGAACAAAAGCCCGCCGAGCUGCAGCCGCCACAAAGAUCGCCGCGCCAGGAAUUCCCCUCUCCGUCGUCUUCGGAAUCCUCGUACACCACCCCGCCGGCUGAGGAUCGCAUGGAUCGCAUGUUCUCGCACCAGUACACGCGACAGCUCUCCACCAGCCCACCUCCCUUCUCCGUAGCCUCGUAUUCCACAGCCUAUCCCGCUCCAGACGCGGUAGCCUACUCAAUGCCCUACUCGAACUCGCCCUACCAUACAAUACCGACUACCCUCACCCCAGAGAUGCCGAGCUACGCCUAUCUUCCACCGCUCUCCUCGACCUACCCCACUACUCUGCCGAGCCUCGUGCCCAGCAUGAAGAGUGAGUACUACGCCGAUGAGGACAUCAGCCCCUUUGGCGUUGGCUACGCAGCAAUCGGCGGAAUCGAUAUCCCCCCACCACAUGCCUACGCAGACUCAGGCGCACAUACGCCACCACUCGAACACUCCGACAUGUGCUACCCAACCACUCCCAACUCCAUGCCACGAACACCUCCUCUUCAUCCCAUCCACUUGAUGUGAAGGAGCUGCUGUCGUGAGCCAACUAUCAUUCUCUUCUCUCAGAGGCACCGUCUCUACCUUUUUGUAUUUAUCUUUUUUGUGUACACUGCAUUUCAGCGAUGGCUUGUUUGGAUAAAGGUCCCUCGCUUG